GAACCGCUGAAGUAUCCGCAGCAGUUAGGAACGCGUCACACCCAAUAUUCGCGCGGAUUUAUUGAAUGGAUAAGCAACAUAGUCAGGAGUGAAGAUGAUGUGAGAUACGUUGAUACCCAAUUAUUUAAAGCUCGAUCAAUCAAUUGGUGGAUCACUCCAUCCCAUCGGGUUAAAUCACAAGGGCGACACUUGCACAAACGUUGACAUAUCUGCUUUGUUUUUUCAUUUUCAAUAUGGCUGAUGUAUUAAUGAAGAGCAGUCAGUGCUUUGUGUGCGACAAAGACUUGUCCCUAUCUAGAGAUCGCAAUGCUCUUUUGCUAUCCAACCUCACAGAAUACUCCGGCACUGGCCUUCCAACAAAGAUAGGACAGUUAAUGGGUGAUGGAUUUAUGGUUGUCGUAACUGCUUGUGAUGAGGCUUGCAGUCGCUGCCACGAUCUUCUCAAUUUAUUGGACAAAUUAGAAGUAGACCUUGACAAAGUUCGCCGUCUACUAACCAGUUACCUCCGCAAAAAAUAUGGCCUUCUUGAAAUUAUCAAGGAGGAGCCGUCUGAAUCUGCUGAGAAUCGCGCUCCGAUCUUUGAUGAAAGAGCUAAACGAAAUUUGGAAGAAGAUGUCAAUCAGAUCAUGUAUGGUAAAGGUGGCCAUUUGGAUAUAGACUUCAAGUCUUCUAUUUUAGAUGAAAACUCAAAAAUAAUUGAUUUACUCAAGGCCAAUACCAACACAAAGCAAAUACCAAUGAUGGUGCCUUUCAAGCCAAUGCCCACCAAGGUAUGGAAGUGUAAAAGUUGUGGAAUGAAGUGCCGGUCAUGGAAAGAGUUAAGAAUCCAUGAGAAAAGUCAUGUGCUAGUCUCUCCCAAAAGAUUUCUGUUCGGUUGUAGCAUGUGUGAUUUCACAGCUUCCGCAAAGUCUGAACUUGAUGAACAUUCUCGCAAACAUGUAUUUCCAAAGUCUUUUGAAUGUGAGAUAUGCAGUAAGUGCUUCAACUCUCAAGUUUCACUAGACGAACAUGCAAGUACCCACAAGAUAUACCAGUGUGCAGACUGUGGAGCUGCAUAUGAACAAAUUGAAAGUCUCACUGUUCACCAAUGUGGGCCUCAAGAUGCAAAUGAUCAGUCACCUGUCAUAUGCGUGAUCAACGUUGAGCCAGCAGAUGUCGUUGAGUCUUCUGAAAAUGUAGCUGAUCAACUUCAAUCAGAAGAAAAUUCACAGUCAACUGACUUUGAUUCCCUCUGCCGAGAUACUUUGAGAGAGGAAUUUGAAGCUUCAGAUAAUACUGAAACUGAUAAUAUCAAAGAAGAAGAACACAAUUUUGCUCAAAAAUCCGAUGCUACUUCUAUAAAUGUGGCUUUCCAAAAUCAACUGGAGACACUUGAUGAAGAAAUGUCUUCUCCAAUAAGUUUGUUCAGUGGUGAUGAUCAAUUCGACAUGGGUGCAGAGAAUGAGGAAGGGGAAGAUGGUAUUGAAGAAAUCAAUGAAGAUGCAGAAGAUGAUUUCUUAAAUGAUGGUGAAAACUUUCACAGUGACAAAGAUUCUGGUAAGACUGUUAACAAAAUAUUUGUUAAUGGAGUCGAAGUUUCCUUUGACGAUAUUGUCGGUCAGGAAGGAGACAGUGUCUUAGCUGUUGAUUUAGUGUCAGCAGAACUUGAUGAGCAGACUGGAGAACUCAAGGAUGAUACUGAGGGUAAGGUAUUUGUAUGUUCCAUUUGCGAGUUUCGCACUGAAGAUCAAAUUGAAAUAUCAAAGCAUUUAGAGUCCCACAGCAUUGCUUUUUCAUUAGAAUGUGAAAUUUGUCAGAUGAAACUGAAAAACCAGCGCACCUAUGAAAAACACAUGCAGAGGCACUUAAGUCUGAAGAGCCCUGUUCCUGUAGCUUGUACAGUGUGUAAAGAAAUUACCUCUGACAAAUUUGCAUUGCGUAAGCAUAUGCUUGACAACCACCCAGAAGUAUUCAAAUGUCAGUUCUGCCAUGAAUCUUUUGAAUCAAUCCGAGCUCGUCGUAAGCAUGAAUCGGAGCAUGAUGCUGACUCUGAUAAAACUUGUGAUGAGUGUGGUAAAUCAUUUCGCAAGUUAUCACAACUUACUUUACACAAAGAAUAUGCUCAUCGAGAACUCAAAUGUCAGCAUUGUGAAAAACAAUUUGAUACUAUCAAGAAAUUAAAAGAUCAUGAAAGACGCCAUGUUCGUGACAAGGAAGGCUUCCCUUGCUCUCAGUGUGAUAGAGUUCUAAAAACAUCUUCUGGCUUGAAGUUGCAUAGAGCGAAACAUACUGGUCAAUAUAAAUUUUGUUGUGAUGUCUGUGGCAGAGGUUUUAUGUCAAAAGCCAUUCUGGAUGAGCACAUGGGUCGUCACACACAAGAAAAACGGUACACUUGUGAUGUAUGUGGCAAAAUGUUUGUAUUUAAUAGCACUAUGAGAAUACAUAGAAGAUGGCAUGAUAAUCCUCUUCCAUACAAAUGCAAAACAUGUGGACAGAGAUUUAGACAUACUUCUUUAUUGUCAGUUCAUCGAAGAAGAAUGCACACAGGAGAAAGACCGUAUAAGUGCCCAUAUUGCGCACUGACUUUUACGGUCAGCAAUUGUCUUAAGAGGCAUGUUGUUCUCCACACAGGAGCAUAUCCAUACUUCUGUGAGCCAUGCAACAAAGGUUUUACCACUAAACAAAAAAUGGCUGUGCACCUUGCAAAAGUUCACAAUAACAAAGAAAUGUUAAAUACCAAAGCUCCUCCUUGUGAGUACAAAAUGGUCAUUCCAAACACUCCAAUUCAAGCACCUGCGGAAUUGGAUGAUGAAAAAGACUUUGUUACUGGUAUGGAGGGUGUAGAGCAUGUAGGUGAAGUUCAGCAUGUAAUUAUACAGGGUGAUCAACAACAGUUAGAAGCUGAGGGGAAUAUACAGUUGCAAAUUAUAACAAUGGAUCCAGACCACGGAUUUUCUGUGUUUGAAUAGACCCUAGAGUAAGUUAAAAAAAUGUUUGUACAAAUAUGAUACUAGAAAAUAAUAUUUAUAUCCGUAGUCCUAUCUUUUGUUAAAACUUCAACUUCAAUGUACCUUUCACUGUAAAACUACAAAAAUUUGUACUAAAAAUAGAAAUAAAACAACUUUACACAA